AUGAGGGUGGAUGGUAGCGCGGAAGUGUCCGCCGGCGGCGAGGCCGGGUCUAAUGUGGAGCGCGGGUCUAAACCUGUGUACAAUGCGAAGCCCGAAGGGGCGAGUGGUUUCAAACCGUUGGCGGCGUUGGUGGAUCACGACGACGGUGUGGCUGCGGACUUGGUGACGAAGGUGGUGGCGAUGUUGCGGUAUUUUGAGAAGUUGGGACAUUACCACGCGGAAACCGACCCGUUGAGUGUGUGUGAUCGAGGGUACCCGCACACGUCGGUGAUGCGAGAUCGGAACCGGAAGCAGUGCGAGAACACGUUCGAGAGUUUCGGCUUUAACAGAGAGACCGACUGGGAUCAGAAGGUGUCGGUCUCGGUGCCCCAGACGGCGGGUCUGUUGGGCGAGCUGAAGUCUGACACGAGGAGUGAGUGGCAGGGCGUCCAUGUGGCCGAGCUGCCGACCAGCCGGCGUCAAGAGCAGGAGGAAGGAGACGAGACGUGGUCGAUUGGUGAGUUGUACAAGCGCCUCAAGGAGAUCUACUGCGGACACAUAGGCGUAGAGUACCUGCACAUCCAUAACCGAGAGAAGAUAAACUGGCUACGGUCACAGCUCGAGUUGCCGCGACGCUACUGCUACACACGUGCGCAGAAGUUGUUGAUUUUGGACCGCGUGAUGCGCGCCGUGAUUUUCGAGCAGUUCGCUGCAGCCAAGUUUGGGACAAUCAAACGUUUCGGACUGGACGGCUGCGAGGGGUUCGUCGUGGGGCUGGAGCAGCUGCUCAAGUGCGGCGUUUUGCACGGCGUGGAGUCGGUGGUGGUGUCUAUGGCGCACCGCGGACGGCUGAACACGUUGAUGAACAUUAUGCGCAAGCCCAAGUCACAGGUGUUCAGUGAGUUCAUGGGACACACCGGGUUUGGAGGCGCGGCUUGGGGCAACAGCGGCGACGUCAAGUACCACAUGGGUGCGGAGAUUAUCGUUACCGAUCCCGACGUGCAGAAGGACAUUCUCUACACGUUGCUCCCCAACCCUAGCCACCUCGAGGCUGUGGACCCGGUCUGUCUGGGCACGGCACGUGCUCGCCAGGAUCUCAUUGCGUACGGCAAGGGCACGCGUCACUCACCCGCCACGACUGGCUCGGUCACGGAGGCGCGCGUCGCCCACGAGAUGAGUGUGGCCGGCGCCACUGCGAGUGUGAAGGGCGUUAGUGGUAAGGGCGAGGCGGCGGGUGCUGUGAGUGUGGGGGGCGGUGGGAGCCGCGAGGAUUCGUUCCGUCGUGUGUUGCCUGUGAUAGUGCAUGGCGAUGCUAGCAUUUCGGGUCAGGGCGUCGUGUACGAGACGUGUCAGAUGUCGAACUUGGCAAAGUACAGCGUAGGUGGGACAGUGCACGUGGUGAUCAACAACCAGAUCGGGUUCACCACUGACCCGGGGGACGGUGCGAGCGGAAACUAUUGUACGGAUGUGGCGAAGUGCAUCGAGGCGCCCGUUUUCCAUGUGAACGGCGACGACCCGGAGGCGAUCUCGCGCGUAAUGGAGAUCGCGUUGAUGUACAGGCAGAAGUUCCACUCGGACGUGUUCGUGGACGUGAUCGGUUACCGCCGCAGCGGCCACAAUGAGUUGGACAUGCCCAAGUUUACACAGCCGCUGCUGUAUGACGCCAUCGGCAAGCACGAGAACCUGAUGGACCUUUACUUACGCCAAUUGAUCCACACCGACAAAGUGAUUACACAAGAAGAAGCCAACCAACUGCAGCAGAAGAUCCUGCAGGAGUUCAUCGAGUCCUUUGAGAAGGCAAAGACAUAUAAACCCACGCCCCAUCUCAGGCCCUUCAACCCCGAGUGGAGGACGCAAUGCCUCCCCGACGAAUUUAGCCGGCCCCGAAUCACUGGUGUCAGCCUGAACGAACUGGUUGACAUCGGCACGUGCAUUUCUACCCUCCCCAGUGGCAAGGGACUGCAGCCGCAUUCAACCAUCAAACGUGUGUAUGACCAGAGGCUUCAGUGUAUCAAGUCGGGUAAGGGCAUUGACUUUGGUCUUGCCGAGGCGUUGGCCUUCGCCACCCUAAUAAAAGACGGAGUCCACAUCAGGCUCAUGGGUCAGGACUGCGAAAGAGGCACGUUCAGUCACCGUCACGCGGUGGUUAAGGAUCAGGUGGACCCAAGGCUCGAUUACUUCCCCCUGGAUGCUUACGCACAGUACUUGAAAGGCAACUUACCGAAGGGCCAGAGUAAAGCUGGUGAGACCGGAACAGUUGCGGUAGGGAAUUCUUUGCUGUCUGAGUUCGCGUGUCUGGGAUUUGAGUACGGUUACUCUCUGGAGAGUCCGUUCAUUUUGCCAAUAUGGGAAGCUCAGUUUGGGGACUUUGCCAAUGGAGCGCAGGUUAUCAUAGACCAGUUCCUGGUGUCGGGUGAGGUGAAGUGGAACCAUCCGAGCGGGUUAACUCUGCUAUUACCGCAUGGCUACGAUGGUCAGGGAAGUGAGCAUUCGAGUGGUCGUAUUGAACGUUUUCUCCAGAUGUGUGACGAUCCGGAAGACACCAUUCAUCAAGAGGUAUGGGACAUUAAUCGUCGUAGUGUUGUGCAAAGGCACAAUAUUCAGGUGUGCAAUGUGACCACUCCUGCAAAUUAUUUUCACGUGCUUAGAAGACAGAUACAUCGAGGGUUUAGGAAACCCCUUGUAGUGUUCUCACCGAAGAGGUUGCUCCGUCUCAAGGAGUCAUCGAGCAAUCUGAUGGAUAUGGCGGAAAACACUAGAUUUUCGAGAUACAUAUUUGAUCCAGCCUUCAUCACUCCACAGAUGAAAUACACGUCCGAAAUCGGAGUUAAUCCCAGUGGAAAGGACGCUCAAUCACGUAAGCGUGAGAACGUUAAGAGAUUAAUUUUGUGCUCGGGGCAAGUUUAUUAUGACUUAGUAAAGGCCCGGCAGGAUAGUGGAAUGACAGAUGAAGUAAUGAUAGGCCGCGUGGAACAACUUUCACCCUUCCCAUUCGACCAAAUCGCCGAGGAUAUAACCAGUCUACCGUACUUAAGAUCAAUUGUCUGGUGCCAGGAGGAACCAAUGAACAUGGGUGCCUGGUCAUAUGCGAAGCCCCGCGUAGAGACUUUACUGAAACACCUUGGUCAUCAGAUUUGCACCAUAACCUUCGCAGGCAGAAACGUGUCAGCCGCUCCCGCCACUGGCGACACAAAUAUUCAUAAGAAAGAAUUGCAGCAAAUACUGGAACACUCAAUGAACCUGGAUAAGAACCACAACAGCCAUGUUGCACUGUGA